AUAAUUACAAAUGUUGUUUGGCGUUAGAAGAUAUUGGGCUUUGGAAUCGAAACUCCCAAGUCCAUCGCCCCAAACAAAAUGACCCGGAAGAAAAGGAAGAACAAAGAACAAGGCCCAGCUCCGCCUGCCGGACCUGGAAUGUUCGCCGGAAUGGUCGUCUUCUUCGUCGAGAACGGAGUUCAGAAACGUCGAUUGCAGAUAUGGAAGCAGAAGCUGAAGCAAAUGGGAGCCAUUGUAGAAAAACGUCUCACUGAAAGUAUCACCCAUAUAUUUUCAAUGAACACCGAUUCUCUUCUUCAACAGAUUGAUGGUGAUCUCUUGACCCGAUUUCACGGAAGGGUUCUGCUAUAUCAAUGGCUGGAAGAUAGCUUAACUUCAGGAGAGAAGGUAUCUGAGGAUUUAUAUGACCUGAAAAUGGCGAUGAAAUCCGAAGCAGAGAGUGUUAAACACAAGUCCACUGCUGAAAAUUCACCAAAACGAGAAGUUUCUAGUGAUGGCAAAGAAGAAAAAGAUGAAGAACAUCUAAAUUCUGAUACCAAAAAGAUGAAAUCUUUUGAUGGUAGUAUUAAAGCUAACACCGAUACUACAAAGUCAACUGAAACAACGUUGACCUUUUACAAUCCUCCUGAUUUGAACAAGAACAUUACUCAGAUAUUUGGAAAGCUCAUUGACAUAUAUAGAGCUUUGGGAGAUGAUAGAAGAUCAUUUAGCUAUUACAAAGCUAUACCAGUUAUAGAGAAGUUGGAUUUCAAAAUUGAGAGUGCAGAGCAAGUCAAACACCUGCCCAACAUUGGGAAGUCCUUACAAGAUCAUAUUCAAGAGAUUGUUACCACUGGGAAGUUAUCCAAGUUGGAGCAUUUUGAAACAGAUGAAAAGGUUAAAACCAUCAGCUUAUUUGGUGAAGUUUGGGGAGUUGGUCCUGCCACUGCAUUGAAAUUAUAUGAAAAAGGACACCGAUCACUGGAUGAUUUGGAGAAUGAAAAUUCAUUAACAAAUGCACAGAAACUUGGUUUGAAAUACUUUCAUGACAUCAAACAGAGGAUACCACGUCAUGAGGUCCAAGAGAUGGAAUCCCUUCUAAAGAAAGCUGGAGAGGAAGUUUUACCCGGGGUAGUAAUCAUAUGUGGAGGAUCAUUUAGACGUGGGAAAGCUUCCUGUGGAGAUAUGGAUAUUGUUAUGACACAUCCUGAUGGAAAGAGUCAUAAGGGAUUUUUACAAAAAUUUGUGAAGCAUUUAAAGGAUAUAAACUUUUUAAGGGAGGACCUGAUUUUCAGCACUCACAGUGAAGAGGGUACAGAUUCUGGUGUUGACACAUAUUUCGGUCUUUGCACUUAUCCUGGAAGAGAGCUUCGACACCGAAUAGAUUUAAAGGUGUACCCACGUGAUAUAUUUGCCUUCGGACUAAUAGCAUGGACUGGUAAUGAUGUACUAAAUAGGAGGUUGAGACUGCUAGCUGACUCAAAAGGAUUUCGGCUCGAUGACACUGGGUUGUAUCCGGCGACACAUGGAUCUCCUGGUACACGGGCAACAAGAGCCACUGCGAGUUUGAAAUUUAACGAAGAGAAAGAGGUUUUUGAGUUCCUUGGAUUUCCUUGGCUUGAACCACAUGAGAGGAACUUGUGACAAUAACUAUGGUUGUACAUAACAGAAAGGCUGACUUUUGUUACUGUAAACAACUCCUAACUUGCCAUAGAGCUAGAAAGAGGAAGGACUGUUUUGUCUCUUUAUUAGUAAGCUUCGGAGUCAUGUGUAUAAAAUUGAGGUUUCUAUGUUUCCACUUUCACUUUCACAAAUGAAGAACAUGAAUAUAGAUUUUCAUUGCAUAA